AUGCAAGAAAAAAUUAGAGAAUAAUUAUUAUCUCCUUAAUUCAAAGAAACAGAAUAAGAAGCUAUAGCCUAAGAACUCCGCAAGUUCUCCAGCAUAUCUGCUAUUGAAAUGAACACACCUGAUACAAAGUAUCGUUCUACCAUCACACCUUCUAAGAUGGAUACAUCUAAGGAAAUGAAUUCAUUGCACUACAGAAACAAAACAUGCGAGGACGAUCUCUUUCGAUUGUAUGAUGAAAUCAAGGAUCUCUAUUAGAAAAGAGAAUAUGAUUAGCCAGCUCUUGUUGAACCUAAAAUUCUUUUCACCAACCAAGAAUAUCCUUCUAAAAUCAUAGUUAAACGAAAGAGAAUGGAAGUCUAACUUAAUAACAAUCAGGUCUUGAUUGAUAAAAUAUACAGAGCCAAUCUAAUAAACUACAAUAACCUAUACAAUUGCAUAUGA